AUGGUUCAACGAAUAACACGCGUCAGAAGCUGUCUCCGUGUCCUCCAGGCCGACACCGAAACCAAGACGGCGUUGGUGGAACCCCAGGUGCCGAUGGACCCACUCGUCGAACAUACAAUCAAACCUAGAUUGAUUCCACCAGUCGUUAUGGAAUUCCCAGGUAUUACCACCGGCGGGGGAUCUCCCGGAACAGGAGCCAAAAGCAGCUCAUUUCAAUAUGGCGACUUCAACGACAAUGUUAAUUGGGUCGAAAUUACCUUUUCUAUGGGGCAUCUGGCGCCGUCGGAAGUGUGGGGAUCACCCACUCUGCUUGGGCUACCGCUCAUCCCCGCGGAGAAAUACGUGAAGAUAACAUACCAUCCCGUGAGAUCCGUCUCCGAAGCGGUUGAAAAGGUCCAAGACGAGAUUUCGCAUCCGGUGCACAAAUUCAGCGCCGCAAGUGACCCUUGGUUUUAUCUACAUGUGAAGGAGAUAACUCGGCAGAGCGUGGAGCCUGUGGCCGAACACAUCCCGCUAGCCGCGUAUCUCUUUCGGAUGUUAUACAAAGCUCUCCACGCUCGUGACCAAUCUAGGAAUUAUGUCGUCCAAGACCUGGCCCUUCCUUUUUCCACAAAGCAGAUGGCCAAAACAUUGAAGCCCAUGCUCAACGUUGGCGUGUGGGGUUUUGGUCCUCGCCAGCACGACGAAUUUAUAGCCAAGAACCGUGAGCUGGAGCGCAAGCUGCUUGAGCUCAGAGGUAUGAAGUGGCUAUAUGUCCAGACAUACGAUACGGAGCGGGAAUUCUGGGAAAUGUUCGAUGAGGAGUGGUAUGAUGGGCGGAGGAAGAAAUAUAAUGUCGAAUCCCUGACGAGUGUCUAG